AGAGAGAAUGGCGGCGGUGGUGUCACCAUUAGCAAAAUACAAGCUGGUGUUUCUCGGCGAUCAGUCCGUCGGAAAAACCAGCAUCAUCACCCGUUUCAUGUACGAUAAAUUCGAUACAACCUAUCAGGCUACAAUUGGAAUAGAUUUCUUGUCCAAAACAAUGUACCUAGAAGAUCGAACGGUUCGCUUGCAGCUUUGGGAUACUGCUGGGCAAGAAAGAUUUAGAAGUCUAAUUCCAAGCUACAUUAGAGAUUCUUCUGUGGCAGUGAUUGCCUAUGAUGUUGCUAAUAGGCAGUCAUUUUUGAACACUUCCAAGUGGAUUGAGGAAGUAAGAACGGAACGUGGUGGUGAUGUGAUCAUCGUCCUCGUCGGGAAUAAAACCGAUCUUGUCGAAAAACGCCAAGUUUCGAUUGAAGAAGGUGAUAUCAAGGCUCGUGAGUUCGAAGUGAUGUUCGUAGAAACUAGUGCUAAAGCCGGUUUCAAUAUAAAGCCACUGUUUCGUAAGAUAGCUGCAGCGCUUCCGGGGAUGGAGGCCCUCUCCUCCGCAAAGCGCGAUGAUAUGGUCGAUGUGAACUUGAAGCCGACCGGAAACGGGGGCCAGAAUGAGCAGCAAGGAGGAGGCUGCACAUGCUAG